AUGUUUAUCUAAGCGAGUUGUAAUUGUUUUGUAAACAUAUGUCACCACAAAUACUUCACGUCUCUCCAUAUUUUAUUUAUAUAAGCUCGCAUUCAAGAGUAACACUAAUUGCACCUCUACAAACACAACACAAACCCCACCUAGCAAAAUGAAAAAUACAACACUAACCGCAUCUAGCAUUAUGGAUUUGGUUCCAAGAAACCUAAUAAACACCACAACAAUUGUACUCUUUCCUCUAAUUUCCAUAUGUUUGUUUCUAUUUGCAUUCUCAAAAGUUGCUCAUAGGAAAAACAAAGAGGCACCAAUAGCCGAUGGAGCAUGGCCAAUACUUGGUCACCUCUCACUUUUUAGUGGCACACAAUCACCCCAUAGGGUCUUAGGCACCUUAGCUGAUAAAUAUGGACCAAUAUUCACCAUCAAGCUUGGUUCAAAACUUGCUUUAGUUAUCAACAAUUGGGAAAUGGCCAAGGAAUGUUUCACAACAAAUGACAUGGCCGUUUCGUCUCGUCCCAAGCUUGUUGCAACUGAACAUUUGGCCUAUAAUGGAGCUAUGUUUGGUUUUGCACCAUAUGGUCCUUAUUGGCGUGAAAUUCGCAAGAUUACAACCUUAGAGGUCUUCUCAAAUCGCAGAGUAGAACAACAACAACAUGUUCGUGUUUCUGAAGUUCGAGCAUCGAUUAAAGAACUCUUUGAUGUUUGGUCUAGCAAAAAGAACGAGACAUGUUCAUCAAAUUAUGUGUUAGUAAACAUGGAUGAAUGGUUUACACAUUUAACAUUCAACGCGGUUCUUCGAAUGGUUGUUGGGAAGAGAUAUUUUGGUGUAAAAACUAUUGAAGAGGAAGAAAAAGCUCAAAGAUGUGUGAAAGCUUUGAAAGAGUUGAUGCAUUUGUUUGGGAUAAUCACGGUGGGAGAUGUUAUUCCUUGUUUGAAAUUUUUUGAUUUUGGUGGUCAUGUGAAGGCCAUGAAAGAAACUUCUAAAGAAUUGGACAAAAUUUUAGAUGAGUGGUUGAAUGAGCAUCGUCAUAAAAGGACUUUAGAUGAAAUUGUUGAUCAUCAAGCUCAAGACAUUAUGGAUGUGUUGAUUUCAUUACUUGAUGGAAGAACCAUUGAAGGGUUUGAUUCUGAUACCAUCAUCAAAGCCACAGUAUUGACACUAUUUGCUGGAGGAAAUGACACAACUGGUGUUACUCUUACGUGGGCACUAUGUUUGCUAUUGAAAAAUCCGCUAGUAAUGGAAAAAGCCAAAAAAGAACUUGACAUCCAAGUUGGUAAAGAAAGAUGUGUAAAUGAGUCAGAUAUCGGUAAAUUGAUAUACCUUCAAGCUAUAGUAAAAGAAACACUAAGAUUAUAUCCACCAGCACCUCUCUCAGGACAUCAUGAGUUCUCAGAGAACUGUACUUUAGGUGGUUACCAUGUUAAAAAGGGAACUCGAUUAAUCACAAAUCUAUGGAAGAUACAUAAUGAUUCUAGUGUUUGGUCUAACCCACUAGAGUUCAAACCAGAAAGGUUCCUUACAACUCACAAAGAUGUUGAUGUUAGGGGUAAACAUUUUGAGCUAUUACCAUUUGGAAGUGGUAGAAGGAUGUGUCCUGGAAUAUCAUUUGGACUUCAAAUGUUGCAUUUUUCUCUAGCUAGUGUUUUGCAUUCCUUUGAUAUCUUAAAUCCAACAUCUGAACUUGUUGAUAUGAAUGAAGUCUUUGGAUUAACAAAUACCAAAGCUACUCCACUUCAGAUUCUCAUUAAACCGCGUUUGUCUCUCAAUUGUUAUGAAAACGUGUAACUUUGUAUAUAUGUAUACUAUGUGUUACUCCCUCCGGUCCUUAUUAUAAGAAACACUUUGACAAAAUCACACAGACCAAGGAAGGUAAAUUUUCUCAUUAAUGAUUCUAACAUUUUAUGUUAUAUUCCAAAACUAACCUUUGACUAACAUGAAAAAUAGACUUCUCUAAUUAAUGCACUAGCAUUAUAAUGAAUUAUUUGAUUGUAUUUAAUAAGGGUACAAAUGGAAUUGUGUCAAAGUGUUUCUUAUAAAAAGGACCAAAUAAAAAUUCCAAAGUGUUUCUUAUAAAAAGGACCGGAGGGAGUAUUAUAUAAUAUACUUUGUUGUAAAAACAAAUUUGUAUAAUAUAUACUUAUAAUUUAUCUUUUCAGAUAUGAAGAUAUGACUAUUUCAGACAUUUUAA